AUGAAGAUUUGUGUGAGGCGGCGGCCAUGCGCCGUGGGUGAGGCUGAAUCCGACGAUUGGAGUUUGGAGGAUGUGCAGUCCAAGGCUGCCGCAGACAUCGUGUUUGGACCCGACGCAAGCCAGCAGGAGGUGCUUCAUUCGAUUUUAGAGCCUCAACUGGACAGGUUCUGGCUCGAGCCUGGGUUCAGCGCUGUGUUUCUGGCAUAUGGCCAGACUGGCAGUGGGAAAACUCAUACGAUUUUUGGACCACCAGGUGUGCUCACCGAGCAUGACUACAACCAGAGUGGGGGGUAUCCCCAAACCUGGGGCUUUUUCCCGUAUGCAGCAGUGGCAACGCUGACAGACCUGGGAAACAAGGGGCUCAUGAAAAGAGCGCAGCUUAAAAUAUCAGCCGUGGAGGUUUAUCUGGAGCGAAUGUUCGAUCUCCUGAACGACCGCCAGCAUGUUGCAGUUCCGGGAGCAUCUGUGCGUGCCAGCUCAGUGCGGGAAGACAAUAGCGUGACGAGGUACGAUGCUGAGGGGAAGUGGCGCCCACCUGGAAAGUGGCUUGGCGAAAAGACUCUGCCAGGAAUCUCAGCAACAGCCAAAGAAGUAGUUGUGGAAUCUGCCAUGGACGUCGUCCACGUAGCACGCCUCGUUGAGGCCACCCGAUCUGCCCAGUCACAUGCCUUGAACCAUCGGUCAAGCCGGUCGCAUUGCAUGAUCACCUUGACGCUCCGGUUGAUCGACGUGAGCGGGAGGUUGUGCCAGGGCCGCCUUGUCUUCGUAGACCUGGCGGGCUCAGAGCGAGUGGGCAAGUCUGGAGUCAAUGCAGAUGCCACCGGCGGUGCCAAAGCUUUCAACUUGCCUGGACGGGUUACUGUGGACAUCCCAGGAACUCGCUUUGACGAGGCACGUGCAGUGAACCUCUCCCUGAGCGCCCUUGGCCGCGUCAUUGCGGCACUGGCCCGGCGGGACAAGUACGUCUCCUUCCGUGAUUCUGCUUUGACCCAACUCUUGAAAGAUCCACUCACCGGCGGUGCAGCACAUGUCACUGUGAUUUUGGCCCUUCGUGCCGAGAAGACCAACGACUCGGAGACUCAGUCAACAAUGCGAUUCGGCACUGUGUGUAAAGACGCCGCAGGAAGUAGUAACAUGCGCUCGCGGCCCUCCAAGAGCUCCAGCAAGACCGGGGCAGGUGUCAACGUGUCCAGGGCUGUAGCGGACCUUCGCAAGGAGCUUCAAGCUGUCGCCGAGGAUGUAGAGAGAAUGACGGCUGAGGGCCAGGAUGAACACGUAAAUACCGCUGGCUUUGCGGCCCCAACCAUCCAGGGCUUCUUGGAUAACAAGGCGAAAUUCGAGGAAGCGAAGCGGCAGGUCACUCGGUACAAGGAGCAGAUCGCGGAGCGACGGAGCGAGCUGCGGAUCGCCGGCACUCAGGAGGAAGGCGAUCGCCGCCUCGAGGAGCUUCAGGCAUCUCUGACUGUGUCCCAGCAGGCAACCUUCGUCGCCUCAGGCAUUUUCUACCGACAGGUGACCACGGGCAUCUGGACAGGAAGGACCCCGGCUAUGGAACAGAAGAUGGCACUCCGUGAUCAGCUCACAAAGGAGAUUAGCUUCUUGGAGCAGCCGAGCAAGCCUGCAGCUAGCCUCGAUGUCGAGGCUGAAUCCUCUGAGAAGGAUGCGCUUUUGGAGAACAUUUUGAAACAUUUGAGAACAUGUCCACAUCAGUGA